AUGCCCACCCGUUUCUCGAAGACUCGGAAGCACCGCGGCCAUGUGUCCGCCGGUUACGGUCGUAUCGGCAAGCACCGCAAGAGCCCCGGUGGUCGCGGUAUGGCCGGUGGUCAGCACCACCACCGCACCAACAUCGACAAGUACCACCCUGGUUACUUCGGUAAGGUUGGUAUGCGCUACUUCCACAAGACCAAGCAGCAGUUCUGGAAGCCCACCAUCAACCUUGACAAGCUGUGGUCCCUCGUCCCCGCCGAGAAGCGCGAUGCCUACCUGAGCGGCCAGAAGACCGACACCGCCCCCGUCAUUGAUCUCCUGCCCCUCGGCUACUCCAAGGUUCUCGGCAAGGGCCGUCUCCCCCAGAUCCCCGUCGUCGUCCGUGCCCGCUACUUCAGCCGUGAUGCCGAGCAGAAGAUCAAGGAGGCCGGUGGUGUUGUUGAGCUGGUCGCAUAA